GUGAAACAUUUCCAGCUCAGAACAUUUGAGUCCCUUUGGGUAUCAGAUGGUCACCGUAAGAUCUUUGGCCAUUUUGUCUUGAAUGUUGCAACCUUUCAGCGUUUUAAUGCAUGAUACAUUAUUACUUUACAAAAUUGUCACCGUUUGUAAUAACGCCUUCAGUCUUCUAUCUAUUGAUUUAAAAACAUUCAAAAGGUUGAUGCAAGUCUACACACAAACUAAUGCUGCAAUGGGGACCCCACCUUUAUGGGGAGGGCCCAAAAAUAUCAACCAUCUGACUCUGAUGACUCCCAACAUAUAAUGUUGGUGUAACACCCUACUGAAUUCUUUAUUCUGGCUUUUAAGGUUUUUAACGUUUUGGCCUGGUUUGUUGACAUUUUUGGCAACUGAUCUAUUGGAAAAAGCUACUAUGUGCAAAACCGGGUUACAGUGCCCAUAGAAAAUAUACUGGUGUGUAGCCUCUGAACCGAAAGGUUGUAAGUGACGUCGUUAUGUGAACACUAUAUUUCACGAUCGAUUUACCCGUAUCCAUUACGUUAUUCACUCGUUUCGUGUACAAAAAGAUAUAUUUAAUAAUUUUAUGUUGUGUUUGUUAUUAUUUUUUAAGACAUAAUAAGUGUUCAGCAGAAAAUUUAAUCUUCGGAAAUGAAGCGUACUCCUCCUAUAAAAACUUCCGGGUAGGCGGCCAUAUUUUUAUAUACCUAUGAUUACAGGUGAGAAUUUGACAGGUAACAUAAUCGAUAAUUUAACGGUGUACGAUAGAGUUUAACUCAAAAAGAGCGUUGGAAACAGAACGGUAUAUACAAAAUGCCUCUCUUUGGUGGUAAAAAGAACAAGAGUAAGGACAAUAUAGCGGAUAGUGUCGGCAAUUCAACAACAUCUUCGACGACACGCCCAGACGUCGACUUGCCAGCAUCCAAUGGUACCGCGAAAACAGAAAUCCCAAAAAAUGAACCACCUCCACCUGUCAGACCCAAACUUGUAUUCCACUGUCAGCAGGCCCAUGGAAGCCCGACCGGCAUCAUAUCCGGCUUCACGAACGUUAAAGAACUGUACCAGAAAAUAGCUGAUUGUUAUGAUAUGGAUGUUGGCCAGAUUUUGUUCUGCACAUUGAAUACGCAUAAAGUUGAUAUGUCUCGAUUACUUGGUGGACAGAUUGGUUUGGAGGAUUUUAUAUUUGCACACAUCAAAGGCCAGCCGAAAGAAGUCGAAGUGACAAAAUCAGAAGAUGCUCUGGGACUUACAAUCACAGACAAUGGUGCAGGAUAUGCUUUUAUUAAGCGUAUAAAGGAGGGAAGCAUCAUGGACACAACACCCUUAAUAGCUGUUGGUGAUCACAUAGAAAAAAUUGAUGGGAAAAGCUUAAUUGGAUGUCGUCAUUUUGAGGUGGCAAAAAUGUUAAAAGAAAUUCCAAAAGGGAAAACAUUCUUGAUUCGAACUGUGGAGCCCAUGAAAUCCGGUUUCUCAUUUGUUGCCCAGGCGAGUGGUAAGAAGGGAAGCAGCAGCCUAGGAACCGGCAAGCAGACCCUGAGAAUCAGCUCCAAGGGCCAGGCCAAAGUGGAAGAGGCAGAGGAGUAUGUGAGUGUUGCAGUGGACAAGAUUAACGGACUGCUGGAAUCCUUCAUGGGCAUCAACGAUACAGACUUGGCUCAACAAAUCUGGGAAGCUGGACAAAGCAAGGAUAACCCACAUGACUUUGCCAUGGCAAUUGAUAACUCGGAACUGCAGGAUUUCGGAUUUACCGAUGACUUUGUAUUCGAUUUGUGGGGAGCUAUCUCCGAUGCAAAGUCAGGACGUCUCACAAAACCCGAUGUUCAAGAAUUCAAUGAACAGUUUUGAAGAGUUUCUUGUGUGUUUUAACUGUUUUUGCUAAGUGUCUCUUUCAAAAGAAUACUAGUAGUACUGGUAUUUGUAAUGAACUGCUUAUAUCAUACCAAAUUAAGAAAACAAAUGUUAUUGUUGAUUGCAUGCAAGGUAUACUUUUCAUACUUUUAUAGACCCAUGUAAAUUCUUUAAAUGAUCAUAUUUACUUAGUAUUAAAGUAACAAGGGGCGUAACUCUCCCAUCCUUGUUUGUUUUACUGCUCAAGGUAAACAACUCUUAGUUGUGUUGGUUUUGUAAUGUGCCAAUCUGUGCUGUUUUGUAAAACUUGUGACUGUGAUGUAGUUUUGUCUAAAAAAACAUGAUUUUGCUCAUGUAAAAAGUCUUGAAUGUAAUCUUUAAAUGUCAUUAACAAUGAUGAUGUAAUAAUUUAUGGAAAAAAGACUAGUCAUUUAAUAACAAACAAGAUAUAACUGCUACACACUUUAUUAGAUGUGAAUAUUGAUUACAUGUGUAACAGUGUUGUUGGAAACUUGUCACAAUAUGACUUUUUGUAACAGAAUGAAUGCUGCAUCCACUAAAAGAUUAUCAAUUUUGUCACACACUGUGAGAUGUAUUCUAAUUUUGUUACAUGUAAUAUAAAGACAUAGCUCGACACUAAAUUGUUAUAGCGAUCUCAAAAACAAUACUAAGUAUAAACCUAAACAAAUUGUAGAAAAAAUUUCAUGAGAAUGUUGUUCUUUAUAUAUAUGUUUUCUCGCUGGUUGCAAAUUUUUCUUAAGUAUUGAAAUCUAAUUCACUUAAACAAAAAUUAACUUGACAAAUUACAAACUUACACAUUCUAGUAUUUGACUUAUUCUUUGGCCAUGCGAUUAUUUGAAUUUAUUAAUGCUUGUUUUAAGUAAGUUUAUCUCUUAAAAGUUAUUUUUGUAUUGUUAACAUGUAUUUUUAUUGCAAAAAAAUAUUUACACGUUCAACUUACAUUCUUCUUGUUCACAUUCCAAAAUCAUGUAUGUAUAUGUGUGCAUGUUUGCUUCAAAAUUACAUCAAAUGUUCACUGCUCUAUUACUCAUAAUAUAUAUAAAUAUCAUUGAGGAAGAAAAGAAAUCCUUUCAUAUUUGGAAUAUUUGUUGAAAAUGUUUCCUUGCAGAAUAUUUUUGUGUAAGAGACCAAUGGUAUUAAAAUGUGAUAAUUUUUUUGCCAGGUUUACUUUGUGUUUUUAACUUUAUACUGCUUGGGAUCAUGUUUUCUUGAUUUUCCAGUUAAUCUAUUUUCAUGAUGUAUAUGAUGUUGAUCAUCAUAGAUCUAUUGCAUAGGUUUCUCUGUCUGAGUAUUUGUAUUUGAAUCAUGUAGUAUGCAUGGUUGAUUUGACUCACUUUAAAUGCCUUUGAGACACUCUCGAGGAAAACCAGGCAAAAUGCAUGCAUGAAAGUAUCAUUCGGGAACAGCCCAUGACUGCACAUGCUUCUCUGGGACGACACUUUCCAUGUAAGGUUGAUUUCUGUUCGGAGGAGACUGGCUUAAGACUAAAAAUUCCAUCAAAGUAGAAAGUGUGGUCCCUGAUUAGCCUGUGUUGAUUGCAUAGGCUACUCUGGAACGAGACUGAAUGUACAUGCAUUAAGCCAAGUUUACUCUGAGCUCGGCUAAUCUAUGGUGUUCAUGGAACUGUAAAAUGAACCUGUUACAUAUUUGCUUUUUUGACUUUUGGAAAUAAUGCAUAUCAUCACAGACUCGCUUUCGAUGCUUAUUCUUUAGGCAAAAUCAGGGUUGGGAUGGUAUAAAACCAAAAAUGUUGUCAUUGUUUUUCUUUGUCUCUAUAAAAUAUAUUUCAUGAAAUGUUAUAUAAACAGUACAUAAUGAAGUCAUUUAAACAUUUGUUGAAACACAUGAUUUAGUGAAUUUCUAAAUUAUCAUAUUUAGAAUAUUUUCAUUUUCAAUGUUUCUCGUGUCAUAUUUGUAUGUUAGCAUUGCAUGAUAUGUAGACUAUUUAUUUUAAUGCUGUAUUAAAUGAGACACCAAAUGAACGGCAACAAUGGUCAUUUAUGAUAUAACGGAUUGUGAUAUUUAUUCAUUUCAUGUGUAGAACUUGACUUGGAUUAGUUUGUUAACACAGUGUACGCAAUGGCAUAUACAUGGAGAUACAAUUGUAACUCCUAUUUUAUGUUUGAUUUCAAGGAAAAUAACCCAAAGUUUUAUACUGAUAACUCUGACUUGUGUGUUAUAAAACAAAGUAACAUUAAUACUCAAAAUCAACGAAAAUUCCGUACACUUGUUCGUAAAAUAAACUUAACCAAUUAAAAAUCAGUGUUCCUUAUGGCAAUUGCCGAAAUUUCAACGCCAGAUGUGGUCUGGUACAAUAGGUGGUUUUAGAUACAAAAAGCUCGUUUUUAUUAUUGUUUUGAAUAUCUAUUCAUACGACACAUGAACACAAAAAUGGUGUUCAUGUGUCGUAUGAAUAGAUAUAUUCGCGGGAAUUAUUUGUGACCACAAAUAAAUAAAAACGAGCAUUUUGUAUCUACAAAAAUCUAUGUAAUCAUACCACAUCUAGCGUUGAAAUUUUGGCUAUUGCUAUAAGGAACACUGAUUGUUAAGGUGUUAACUUUUUUUACGAAAUUUUUGUUGAUUUUGAGCGUUAUAGAGACUUUUAACUGUGAAUUUUUAAAAUUGAGAAAAACAUGCUUUCAAAGUUUUUAAGAAACCGAAUUAGUGGGCACAUUUGUAGUAUUUUUUGUAAUGUGAAUAAUCAAUGUUUAUUGUUUUUCUCAGCAAAAUCUUCUAAUGGUGGAUAUUUAUUGUUUUUGCACUAUCCUUGCUUAUUACAUUAAGUUUCGGUUGUGAAAAUAUACUAUUUUUUUAAAAUUAUAUUUUUUCAGUAUUGCCUGCAUAUCUUAUUUUUAAUAGUUAUCAUAGGCAAACGUCUUAUGGAUAGUAUUUGUUUUGGCCUGACUGUCUUUGAAAACUCUGUUGAUUUUUACAUAUAGUUUAUUUUAAAAUGGUUUAUAAUUUUUCUAAAAUGUCCUGCCCAGCAACUUGUGUAGGGAUUGGGUUAAUAGUCCCCAUUUGCCCCCUUCAUCUGAUUCAAGUAGGGCAGUUGCCAGUUACUGGCAUACACGUAAGUAUGUGCACUCAGUACUGGUAUACCAGCUAUCCCAGGAAAAGGGUGAGUUGAAAAACCACUGCAAUUAUAUUACUGAAUAGCUGUUGAAAACGGCACGCAAUCCAAGUAAAAUGUUAACAAACAUCUUUUUUUUUAUAGCAAAAACACAAUGACAGAGCUUUCUGUCCAAAGUUUGCACGCAAGAAAAAUUGUCUUUGUACAUGUAUUUCUUAUGUUGCCUUUUUUCUGUGUUUUCAUCUGUAGAUGUUUUACUCUGUGAAAAUUUGCUGUUAAUUUUUAUUUCAAUCGACGAUGGAAUGAGAAACUGUAAUUUUUUUGAUUGUGCAAAUAUAUGUCAGUCCAGAUCAAA